GGAUGAGGUGAAACGCCCAUCUUUUCAGAUGGUUGCAUUGAAACACAUUUCUGGCAGUUUGUCUUAUUUUUUUUUUUUACUUCCUUGGGUAUCGUGUUUUUUAUUCAUAACCGUUAUUCUUGAAAAGCUGAAGAAACUCAACUUAUUCGGGAAUUAAACGUGUGUUAAAUAAUAUAAUUGGAGUUUAGCUUCCUUUGAAAGUGGGAUUCUCGUUAAUAAAAUGAUUGAGAGACCGGAUUCAGUAGUUGGAAGUAUAUCACAGAGAAAUCUGGAUGGAUAUGUUGGAUUUGCUAAUCUUCCAAACCAAGUAUACAGGAAAUCAGUUAAAAGAGGCUUUGAGUUCACCCUAAUGGUUGUGGGUGAAUCUGGCCUUGGGAAAUCAACUUUAAUAAAUUCUCUGUUCCUUACUGAUCUAUAUUCCAAGGAAUAUCCAGGUCCCUCUCAGCGGAUUAAAAAGACUGUUCAAGUUGAGCAGUCAAAGGUUCUUAUUAAAGAAGGAGGUGUUCAGCUAACUUUAACUAUUGUUGAUACUCCUGGUUUUGGAGAUGCAGUGGACAACAGCAACUGCUGGCAGCCAGUUAUAAACUAUAUUGACAGCAAGUUUGAAGAUUUUCUGAAUGCUGAGUCAAGAGUUAACAGAAGGCUCAUGCCAGAUAACAGAGUCCACUGCUGUCUUUAUUUCAUUGCCCCGUCUGGCCAUGGGCUCAAGCCACUGGAUAUUGAGUUCAUGAAAAGACUUCAUGAAAAAGUGAAUGUUAUCCCUUUGAUUGCAAAAGCAGACACACUCACCCCAGAGGAGUGCCAUCAUUUUAAAAAACAGAUAAUGAAGGAAAUUCUGGAGCACAAGAUAAAGAUUUAUGAGUUUCCUGAUGCAGAAGAGGAUGAAGACAGAAAACUCAUUAAAAAAAUAAAGGAAAGAAUGCCUCUAGCUGUAGUAGGCAGUAAUACCGUCAUAGAAGUCAAUGGAAAAAAGGUCAGAGGUCGUCAGUAUCCCUGGGGUGUUGCAGAAGUUGAAAAUGGAGAGCACUGUGACUUCACAAUUCUCCGUAACAUGUUAAUCAGGACUCAUAUGCAGGAUCUGAAGGAUGUUACAAAUAAUGUGCAUUAUGAGAAUUAUAGAAGCAAAAAAUUGGCUGCUGUCACCUGUAAUGGAGUCGAUGCAACUAAGACUAAAGGUCAACUUACUAAGAGUCCCUUGGCCCAAAUGGAAGAAGAGAGAAGAGAACAUGUGUCAAAAAUGAAGAAAAUGGAGAACGAGAUGGAGCAAGUUUUUGAGAUGAAAGUCAAAGAGAAAAAGCAAAAACUGAAGGAUUCAGAGGCUGAGCUUGAGCGCCGUCAUGAGCAGAUGAAGAAAAACCUAGAAGCACAUUACAAAGAACUAGAAGAAAAACGCAGACAGUUUGAAGAAGAAAAGAUGACCUGGGAAGCACAGCAACGUGUAUUGGAGCAACUGAAACUUGAUGCAUCAAAAACAAUGGAAAAGAAUAAGAAGAAGGGAAAGAUUUUCUGAAAUUUCACCCAGGUGGUCUGGAAAUAAAAAUGAAGUCUUCACAUUUUCCUUCAGCGCUUUCCUUGACAAGUUAAGAUAUAUAUUACACACACUCACACACAUAUUAUACUCUUGCAAUUAUAAAGUACAUGUUCUUUAAAAUGCCAAGAGACUGGCUAAUCUACCUAUACAAUACUUGCAUAAAAUUGCAGCUUGUAUUCUGAGGGUAGUAACAAGGUGCCAAUACCAUAUAAUACAAAAUUUUGCAAUUUGAAGGAGAAAAAAGCCACUUAAGCAAAACUUCAACAGUUUGAAAUUUAUAUGUGGCAUUCUAGAAAAUUAAUAAGCUCAUACUUGUUGCAUUUCCUAUUAUUUUUAUUUUUCUGUAAAUAAUAAAUAUAGAUUUUUUUUUUUAGACAGGAUUACCUUUGGUUUGCAUUACUUUUCACAGUCCUUACCUCAGUGAAACAUUGCUUAUGCUGUACAUUUUAAAACAUUUUUUAUUUAUUUUUUGAACUUUUAUUCAUCCAUUUAUUUUAAUUUUCUAAUUUUGUUUUUCUUCAGUAAAAUAUUUUUCAAAUAAAUUAUAAAUGGUUAGAUAAACUAUAAAUAACCCCUAGUGUAUUGUAGAAUUUUUAUAUAAGAAACUUUACCCAUUACAUAUAUUUUUAUAUCAAAGUUCACAAUAUUUUCAAAACAUCCAUUUUCUGAACUUGCUAUUGUCAGUUAUUCAGUUAGGAGGAGCAAAGCCUAGAAAUCUUAGACUGGAAGUCUAGAAUUUACUCUUGCAUUUCAGACCAUUGCAGGGCACAAUCAUAAAAUAACACCAUAACUACUUGCCUAAUUAAAAAAAAUAAAGUGUUUAAGAAAACACCAGAUUAAAUUGCAUUUUUAUAUAUUUGAUUUCCUUUCAUUAUUUCAUCUUUCCUCUUUCCUGCUUAUAGUUGUGAAGAAUAUAGACACAUCACAUAUCCCAUGAUAUUCUGCAUUGUCAUCCAAAAUCCUUCUUUUCAAAACAGGCCAUUUUGGCAGUGAAUCUUAUAAAAGCCUAUGCCUUAAAACUAAGUAAUAAACCAUCUCCAAAUUAACACUAGUAAAAAGAAGAAUUUAGUAGUGCAUGUUCUGACAAUGUUGAGGGUAUGUCAGGUAAGCCUUUACAGUGUAUUGUUUCAGAGUGUGAAAAUGUUACAUGUUCUCUGUAUUUUGCUGCCCUUGUCAGUGCUGUGAAUAAGGAUAUAUAAUAACCAAGAGUACAUGUAGAACUGCUGAGUGUACUCAAGUAUGCAAACUGGCUCUGUAGUCUUUGUGACUAUACAGCACAGUGAAAUUGCUUAUGGACUUUUCACUAGUGGACUAAUUGUUUAUUUUUGAGAUGCCUAUUUUUUUCCUAUGACCACUUUUUAUUUUAAUAAAGUUAAAAUUGUUAUUAAAAUACUGUAUUAAUUUGCCCUGCUACUGUAUAUAUUCAUCAGUUUUGAGACACAGAAUAUGGACAUAUGUUGUGCAUUUAUUCUGGUUCUGUAAGUGAGCAAAUACAUAAUUAACAGUGAUGAGGUAAAAAUGCACAGAAUGAAGGAAGAGUAGAUUUCAGGAGUGCUGAAAUGCAGUUGUGUUAAUUCAUAUUGGAUUAGUGUUGUAGCAAAAUUGAGAAACUUGCUUCCUAUGCAGCUAUAUGUUCUCAGUGUUCAGUAGUAUGUAAAUGCAUUCUAUACUCAUAAAAGUAGCCCUUGCCACUUGAGCCAGGCUGCAAGGUAUUCUAUUCUUACUACUGUCUUCAGUUGUGCUCACCCUGAAUGGUGAAGACAUUGCAAGUUUCUCAUGAGCUUUUAAUGGCAACUAAACAUUAGGUAAUUUAGACAAGAACAGGCCAUUCAUCCCAGCAAAGCUCCAUGUCCACAUAAUUCUCCAAAAUUACAUUAAAUCUAGUUUUGAAAGUCUCUAAACUUCUACUGUCAAACACAUUACUUGGUAAAUUAUUCCAUGGUUGUCUGUAUGUGUUUGGGGGGGAACCUUCCUAAUGCUUGUCCGAAAUUUACCUUUAACAAGUUUCCAACUGUGGUGCUGUGUUCUUUGUGAACUCAUUUUUAAGUAACAGACCCAAUCUAUUAUACUAAUUUGUUCAUCAUUUUCAAAACUUCAAUCAUGUUACCUUAAUCUCCAUUUGCUUAAACUAAAAAGGCACCGCUCCUUUAAUCCUGCACAUAAUGCAUACCCUGCAAUCCUGGAACCAACCUAGUGACUCUUCUCUGGACUUUUUCUCUCUUCUUUCUUUCUUUUUUUUUUUUUUUUUUUUCCCUAGCCUAGAGACCAAAACUGUACACAGUACUUCAGUUGAGGUCUCACCAGUGCAUUUUGAAGCUUGAGCGUAACCUCAUUUGACUUGUACUCAACACUGUUAGCCUUCUUAAUGGCUUCUGAAAUCUGUCUGGAAGUUGAUAGUGACGAGUCCAGCACUGACCCCCUCAGGGAAAUCCACCCUUAACAUCACUCAGUUUGGUUUGCAAGCUGCAUGGUAAUCAUUGGAUUACCUCCCACAUACAUUUUGUUAUUUCUUUCUGUCACAGUAGCUAGAUCAAACCAGAGUUCACAUCAUCAAAAUAUUGGACCUGAGGCAUUAGUGAAUGAAACACAAGGUGGUUGUUUUUUUUUCCCUCAACACAAAUGAUGAAAGGACAAAAAAAAAUUACUCUUACAAUUUGUACUUGCUAAAAGCUCUUAGUAGAUUCUUCACUAAUGGAAGUGAUGACUGUUCCUAUAACUAUAAACACAUGUUGUGCAACAAAAAUUGUCUGCCUAAAACAAAAUCAUUUUUGCUGGUAAAAUAAAGUAAGCAAUAAUUAGGCAUGAGCACAACAAAUGGGAAGAAGUAGUGGGCAGAGUGGAAUAACGGAUGAUUACACUUAAUGGUCAGAAGAUUUGUGAGAGGUGCAAAGAGAGUAAAUACAUGGUAUGAUAUAUUAUUAAUUAUAAUUUCCUCAAAGUGUGUCCACCUUUAUAGAUUUUGUGAAAAUAUUCAUUGGCUUUCAUGACACUUGUGUUAGAGCAUUUCUGUGUGGCACUUUAGCAAAAGUAUGCCUGUUCAUUUCAGACUCCUAGCCAUUUAACAGAUUUCUGUAGUUUGCAAUAAUAAUGUCUUGCGUUUCCUCGUUUAGUUCUUGAUUUUUCUCUCAUUUCCAUUUGCUAAAUAUGAUCUAUAGGAUCUUAUAAUCUGACCGCAACACCUUGUGAUGUUUGCAUUCACAUUUAUUAUAUUGGUCAUAUGAGUCAGAUCUACUUCUGUAAUACAAUCAUUGCAUGACGUGAGAGUGCCAUAGAAUUUUGUAGUAUUAUAAAGAUUACUUUAACCAAGUUUAAUAAAAUGUUAUAAUAUAUGCAAAUGGUUUUAGUUGAAGACUAGGCAGAGAAACAGAAGUCAUAAUUAGACCCAUUUGUAGAAGAGAGGAUGUGCAAGUCCAAUGUUAUAUAUAAAUGCAGAGGAGAAGAGUGGCAAUGUCAUGUAGUUGGUGUUUGGGGGAGAGAGAGAGAGAGGGACCGAGAGAGAGAAGGCAGAUUUAUAUUGUGAUUUUUGUCCGGCUUCAGUUACUAUAUGUGUGCAGAUGUACAAGCACACAUUUAAGAUAGCAUAUUCAAAAGACUAGAUACAUUGCUGAAUGAUAUGUGUGAAGAGCAAUGCAAAUAUAGUAUACUUGCUUUAAUGUAUAAUAACAACGAAUGGAAAGAUAUUUAGGUGACUGAAGUAUAAACAGUAUACUCUAAAUAACUAAAACUUUCAUGAAAAUAAAAAUAUUGUGUGAAAAAAAAACCUUUGUUAUUUGAAAACGUUUUGAGUCAUAAUAUAAUUGUUAAAAUAUUUUAAGAUUAAAUGUUGUACGUAAAUGGCUGAUAAUUUGAACUGAAUUAUGAAUUUGAAAAAAGAAAAAAAAACGUUUUCCCUAGAUGGAAUGAAAUACAUUUUUAAAUGAUUGGAAUAAGCAGUACACCUAAUUGUGCUGUUUAUUAAUUAGCACUGUUUAUUUACUGUAUAUAUAUUUAGGAAACUGGAAUUACACAAGGCUUACUUACACAAUUUUAAGAUUGAAAGUUUGCUGUGCUCACCGCCACUUGCCCUCCUUCUCGAUCAUGAAAUUUAAGCAACUUCUUACGGCUUCACAACGUAACAGGAAUGUCUGUAUAUUCAACCAGCAAUGCAGAAUCUGAUCGGUUUAACAAACUAUUAUAAUUUGGAGUAUAUUUAAAAAUGUACUUUUAUUUGCACUUUUAUUUUUGAAGUAGAUACUCAUAACAGUCUUAAAUACUAAAACACCUGCAUACUGUUCUCCCCUCUUGCUGAGCUAUGCUGUACUUUACAGAUGAUCAUUGGAAGUAGGUUUGGCAUGCUACACAAACUGUAUAUGAAUUUGCAUUCUGUUGUGCAUUUGCCAAUUCCAAGAGGUCAUCCUGAUUUUACUCAGAAUCUCUCAACUGCAAACAAUGAAGUAAUUUGAGGCCUAAUGUACUAUAUUUAGUAUUACAGUGUUUGGGUAAAUGUGAAACUGGCAGGAGAGAAACACAUUUAAGGCUUUUUUUUUAAGCUCUGUCCUUAUAUUAGUUUUUUGAUAUUCAAAACAUCUAUGUGUUCUUUAGCGACCAUAAACACUGAAAGAGGUUCAGAAUAUCUUUUGAACGAUAUUAAAUCAUUUUUGUUUAAUGAUAUUCACAACUGGAGAGUGAUAUAUUAAAUGAUUAUAGCUUUAUAUUAUAAUGAUUAUAAUAUUUUAACCGGUUGCAUAAAUACAAUACUCAGGAACACAUUGUUAAUUUAACCUAAAUAAUUGAAUUAUAUUUAGUUUUUGAGGGUGUUUCUUAUAUUGAUGCUCAGACCACCUGUGUUUACAGAAACUGCAGUCUAUAUUCAAAUCGUGUUAUUCUGUUACAACACUUAAGAGAGCCAUACAUAACCUAUUGUAACAGUUCGAAAGGACCAGUGAAAGCUGUUACAAGAACUAACAUCCUAUGAUAAACUACCAAAUUACAGAGAAACAAGAACAUUUACAUUAUUAGAGACAUUACUACAUGUCUGUGUGUGUGUGUUUUUUUUAAUGUUUUCAUUUGUCCAAAUACAGCAUAUUGGAAAAUUAGAGGUCAUGUAAUAUGCUCCCUUGAACCACUAUAUAAAAAUUUUAGGAGUUGUUAUUGGUGGAGAUUUCUUAGCAAACACAUUUUUGUUCAUUGUGGAACCCAUGUAAAAUUUUGCUUAUGUGUGUUGAAAUUUGUUUAGGUACCCAGAGAUGAAAUAUAUUUGUUAUUAAUACUAUUUCUCAGUUUCAUUACUGACCAAUUUGUAUACUCAAAAACUGUAUCUUUCCUAAUGAAAGAGUAGCUUAUUUCAGUUCAGCCUAAGUCUUAACUUCACAUGUAUCUCAAAUCCUGGUUUGAAUUGCUUUCAUAUUGCUAGGUUUAUGCCACAAAACCACCCUAUAUUUGUCCAUCUGCCAGUUUUUUAUUCAUUUGCUAGAGUUCUUAAACACAAAGGAAAAGUAGUCAUUAAUGAGACCAUAAGAAGCUAUCGCGUCACUGCUCAUGUGAUGUUUUUUAUUCUGGUUAUUUUGGGUAAUUGAAAAAUAGCCAUCUACAGAUUACCAAUAAACUUUUGCUUUGUUUGUAUGUCAGGCACAUAUUGACAGACUACACACCAAAGCAGUCACUCAUUCAGUGCAGCCUUCUGAAAUUGGUGGUAUAGUUAAUGAAAUGAGCCAGAAGCCAUGGAAGGAACAACGACAAAGCCAGGUAUAAGACUAAAUACUACUCUAGCUGUUCAUUAUACUAGAAAGUAGGUUAAUACAAUAGUAAGCAAUAACAGGAAAUGUAUUAAAAAUAUUCCAAAAAAUAUGAAUUAGAAAAGCAGAGAAGAGGAAACAAAAACAGUGAACACUAAACAUAACUCCUGAUUUGACUCUUUCAGACAUCUUUAGGCAAAGGUGCAUUACAUUAAUCGAUUAUUUCUAUAUCUCCAUUGUCCCCAGUGCAUAACAAUACAUUCUACAUGGUUUUAUAAUCAUAUUUAAAGCUUGUGAUCACGUUAUGUUCAAGUCAACAGAUGUCUCUUAAAGUAUCAAUCGUAUUUCCAGAAUCUACAUUUUCUAGUACAAAAUUCUUUGGUGGUUUAAAAAAAAAAAAAAAAAAACUGGUACAGGGUACUCUUAGACAUGUAGUCACACAAGAACACUAAUAUCAAUUGUAAAUUUGAAUCUUAAAAGUGGUCAAUAAAAAACUCCACAAUAAUAAUAAUAGCACUAGAAAUUGCUUAGUUUAUAUUAAACACUUGAUAUACAGUGUUUUAUUACACACUGCAGACGACUUUAGCUACUUCUUCCUAGACACAGAAGUUACUUGAACUCUGAUGGCUUUAUUGCAUUUAGAUUUGAAGAGAGUAGGCUACGAAUACUGAAGUUUGUUAGAGAAUGAACAUGGUUGUGUAUUUAGCUUCAUGGUUAUGGUUGAAAUGCUGCAGAAGGAUCACGUGUAUUUAAUUAUUUUUAUUUUACAGCAUUUGGAACUCUGAAAUAACAUUUAACAUUAGAAUGAGGUAGGAAUAGCAGGCCUUCUGCCAUCACAAAGAGACAUUUAUGUUAAUGGAUGCAUGCGUUCUUGCUGCUUGUUAUUUGUUACCCAGAACACACCCAGUUUUUGUAGCAAAAAAUAUUCACAGUUCUUUGAUGUUCAUUGGGGUAGUUGGAAAAUUUGUUCUCAGGCAAUCUUUGUUCCCCCUAGUGCUGAGUUCAGAAAAUAGUCAAAUUAUAAAAUGUUUUCAUCUCUGUUUUUGGCUAAUACACUUUUUGAUAGGAGUUAACAAUAUGCAAAAUAUUACACAACUAAACAUCAACUGCUUUACAUAGUUUGAAGGUGCUAAUCAGAGGUUGACAUCUCAUCCGCACUGUUACAGAGUACCUCUUCUUUUUCCCAAUACACUACUGUUUUUCCUACUCUCUUCCAAAUCUGAAUAUGUGUACUUCUCAGUGUAAGCUCAAUGUGCACCAGUAAUGCAUACUCACUAAUACCUUGCACGCUCGAUUAUUAGGGUCAAAGAACCAAAAUCAUUUUGGUGUUUCAACAUUCUUAAUACCAAAUACAAGGCCCAAGGAUGUUUGGUUGUGCAACUGGUCAUUUGGUAUUUGAGCCUUUAUUGUGCUGCAUUUAUAGAUCUGACUUCAUUUGACUGGUCUCUGCAUCCAGUAUGUAUAGCUGCUUUCCACCAGAAUCCUGUCUUCCAUUACCAGCACUUUGAAAUUUUUUGGUGAGAUGAAACACCACUGCAGAGGUAAAUAAAAUGUUAAUGGUGCUUUUCUAGAUGCUUAUAAUGCAGAAGGAUUUUUUGAUUUCUGGCACCUUAGGCCAGAUUCUAGGAUAGAGACUAUGCUGGUUUCCCUUUGCUGAGAGAAAAAAUAUGGCUCUUUUAGGAGUUUUUCCACUACUCUCCCAUUUAACUUUCACUUGGUUAAUGAGUUAUCCAUUAAAGUGUUGUAUUGUCCCAUUUAUUUAGGUUAAAAAUUCUUUGUAAAGACUUUCAUAUUUAUAAUGUCAGAUUCUGCCAAAUUUAAAUGAUGUGUAAAAAUUUCUUAAAAAUGAUUUUUAAUAUUCAGUAUAAAAUAGGGCUUUAAGUCUAAAACGUAUAUUUCAGCAUUAUGUGAGGUAUAACUAUUUUCGGUAAAAAAAACAUGUUGAGAAUAUCGCAAUUGAAUACAUUAACAUGGUCACGUUUUUUCAUGUUUAUCUUUGGAUAUAAAAUGUUUGUUGCUACAACUUUCAUAUAAAUGCAUGGAUUAAUAGUCAUAUACAAAGACUCUGUGAUGGUGAUUAAAUAUUAUUUAUUUUUCUGAGUACUUCUAUGCCCCAGUGGAGAUAUUUAGAACUUGCAGAACUAUAAGGAAAAAAGCAAACAGUAUUAACCUAAUUAAACGCACACAAGUUGUAUGUUUAGACUUUGGGUAUUUCAGUUUAAUCUUGCAGAUUGCAAUUUGCAUUCAGUUUUGUAACAAAUAGCCACACAAUGUUUGAGUAGUAUUAAUAUUUUAAAAGAAUAUUUCUAUGCACUGUAGAGUAAGAGUACAGUGAAUUAGAUUAAUGCAUGUAAAAACUGUUUUAAAAUAAACUUCCUCACAACUGAUGUCCUUUUAUUCAUGUGUUGUCAUAUAUGGUAAGAAUAACUCAAAUAUGUUGUUUAUGAAUAUAUUUGUUUCAACAGAUCUGGAUUCAAAAUUUGUAUUUUUGAAGAAAUCUGGUAUAAGGCUUUGUUGUGUAAACAGUACCUAAAUAGUGAGAGAUAAAAUUGUAAACAAGUGGUGAGCUGCAUUUUGGAGGAUUGAUUCAACUAAAUAAUGGCAGUUUAUUAUAUCGCUGUCUUAUACCUCAGUCAGAUUAACCACAAAGCAAAAAUUAUAUUUAAGAUUAUUCUUUACCUAAAAAGGCUCAUGUUGUUUAUAGAAAAAAUCGUUUUGCUAUUUUAAAAUCUGUGUCUUGGUCAGAAAAACAACAAAAAAAAAAACCAAGACAACUGAUCUUCCUUACACACACAAUGUAACAUUCUCAAAUUCAUUUAAUCCACCCAAAGGUGCUGUGGAGUAGGAGCCACUACCAGCGCCACUGUGCACAAAGCCAGAACCAACCCUGGACAGGACACAACGUUCUAUAUCAGGGCCCAAUCACACAAACACCACAGUUUAUAAUUUCCUGUUAAUCUAACACACUUCUGUUUGGAAUAUGGGAAGAGAAACGGAGGACAGACACAGGAAGAAUUCCUAUGAGUACAAACUGUUUCUUCUGAAAUACAGUAAGGUGUUCCCUGCCUUUGUGCCCUGUGUUGGCUGGGAUUGGCUCCAGCAGACCCCCGUGACCCUGUGUUUGGAUUCAGCGGGUUGGAAAAUGGAUGGAUGGAUGGAUGAAACUUUUUUGUAUAUUUAUUUUUUGGUAAACAAUUAGAAUCUCCUUUAUAUAAUUUGCUGCCAUCAAUCCUCCUUAGUGCUGCCAAAUACUUUAUCAUAUGACAUUUUAAUAUUGUCAGCUUUUCCAGCCAUUUCAGUUCCAUUAACUACUGUUUUCUUCAUAAUUGUAUAUUUAGUACUAAGCAUUAAAACUAUUGUUACGCUAAAUGGAAACAUAACAUGAUUCUUGAGUGCUUGUGUAUUUUUUCCUAAGCGGUGUACAGUAUUAACUAAAUAAACAUGCUACUUAAUGAAUAAUCAGUGUACUUUGUACUUGCACCAUAAUAAACACAAUAAACUAGAAAAAAACACAAA